GUAGCAGCGUGCGCGGUACGUGUGUUUAUAACCUCAAUUUCUACUUUCCAUGAAUAAACGCGUAAAAUGUUGGAAAAAUAUUUAUUACAAAACCACCAAGAGGAAUUGGAAGAAAUUUUGGAUAAUAUAGAUGCCAGUUGCUAUUAUUCGAUUUAUGUAAACUUCGUGUCACUAUUUGGGGAAGAUGCCGACAUAGCACAGAAAAUUUUGCGUUAUCCUAGAUAUUAUUUACCAUUGUGCCACGAAGCAGCAGUUAAAGCGCAAGAAGAAAUAGCGAAACCAGAACAAGUUGUAAAGAAAAAGAUUCGUAUUAGAAUCACUGCUGUACCACUCGCACUGGAUCAGGGACAAAUUGGACAACUAGUUUCGAUGAGUGGCAUUAUUGUCAGAAUUUCGCAACCAACAAUAUUAAAAUCUGUACAGAGAUAUAUCUGUAGAAAGUGCAAACAUGUUACACUAGCCAAUUAUGAAUGGGAGAGACAGAGUUUUGCAGAUAUUAUAGAAUGUGAGGCAUGUCAUACACCAAAGCUGAAAGUCCUAACUGGUUUUGAUCUAGAGGAUUCCUCGGAUUGUCAAGAAAUAGGACUACAAGAAAAAUAUAGAGGUGAAACAAAUAGGUCCUUAACCGAGGAAUUGAGAAUUAUCCUUCUAGAUGAUUUAGUUGAUAAAUGUAGACCAGGAGAUCAUGUUGAGAUCAGCGGUGUUGUAAUAAGAAUUUGGGGUCCCUUGGAAGUUGAUGAACGUUUAGAAGCAUCAACUAUGAUGUUAGCAAAUAGCAUUGUAGUACGGCGUAAAAUUUCCGACACAUCCUCUUCGCAAGAAAUGAAAGAUGUUUUUAAGCGAUAUUGGGAAAACUACAACGAUAAUCCUUUGCUGGGUAGAGACAACAUUCUCGCAUCUAUUUGCCCACAGCUUUAUGGUAUGUAUACUGCAAAACUGGCGCUAGCUGUUGUUUUAGCUGGUGGUGUGCCCAAGUGUAAUGAAAGUGGAACACGUGUACGAGGAGAACCUCAUCUUCUCUUAGUCGGAGAUCCUGGAACUGGUAAAUCCCAGCUACUUCGUGCAGCGUCACGUUUGGCUAUAAGAUCAGUUCUUACAACUGGUGUCGGAUCGACUGCAGCGGGACUCACAGCUACUGCUGUCAGGGAUUCAGAAGGUUGGCAUCUAGAAGGUGGAGCUCUAGUAUUAGCAGAUGGAGGAGUUUGUUGCGUGGAUGAAUUCACAACUAUGAGCUCACAGGAUAGGACAUCCGUUCAUGAGGCCAUGGAACAGCAAACAAUAUCAAUUGCUAAAGCUGGAUUAGUUAGUACAUUAAACUCAAGAUGUUCAGUGAUUGCAGCCAUUAAUCCAACCGGUGGUCAGUUCACCGAGGAUGAAGAAUGGGAAACGAAUUUGGGGGAUCCGCUUUUAUCGCGUUUCGAUUUAAUUUUGCUUAUGAAGGAUAACAGAAAUUCAGAGUGGGACAGGUUGACAUCUGAACAUAUUUUAAAGGCUGCUGUUGAGAAGAAAGAAAAUAUUGCUCAAACAGAUUCAAAAACUCAUAUUGAGCUUUUAAAAACCGAAUGUCUAUGGAAAGAGGAUACUUUACGAGAGUAUUUGGCAUACGUGCAUUCCCUGGAACCAAAAUUAACAAAAGAAGCAGAAAUGGUGCUCAGAGCGACUUAUCUUUAUCACAGAUCCCAUCCAGAUAGAAGGGAAGAAAGAACAACGGUUCGACUUUUAGACAGUCUUAUUAGACUAGCCGAAGGACACGCUAGAUUGAUGUAUAGAUCGAACAUAGAAAUUAUGGAUGCCAUAUUCGUGGCAAAAUUAGUUGGAACAUAUUGUACAUCUGAGAUCAACCUUGGUUGUUCAUUUCCAACAGAUCCAAUUGCAACAUAUAGAUCUGAAGGUGAAACAUUAUUGAGGGCUAUUGGUUUACAAAGUCUGGAAAAUUUGUUAUAA